UCAGAGCUCGCUGGCGUCUUGGUUUCAGGGUGGCCUCAAACGCUGAGCCCGCGACGCUGGCGCGGUCGAGCCACGAUGCCCAGUGAAACUCUCUGGGAAAUUGCAAAAGCCGAAGUGGGAAAACAUGGAAGUAGUAGAGGUGAAGGUGAUGGGCUUGAAGCUGGAGAAAAAUCUGUUUUCUUCAUUGGCAGUAAAAAUGGGGGAAAGACUACUAUUAUUCUAAGGUGUCUUGACAGGGAUGAGCCACCAAAACCAACAUUAGCUUUGGAAUAUACAUAUGGAAGAAGAGCAAAAGGGCAUAAUAUACCGAAAGAUAUUGCUCACUUCUGGGAACUAGGUGGAGGAACGUCUUUAUUGGACUUAAUCAGCAUCCCCAUCACAAGUGAUACCUUACGGACAUUUUCUCUUGUUCUUGUUUUGGAUCUUUCGAAACCUAAUGACCUUUGGCCCACCAUGGAAAAUCUGUUGCAAGCCACAAAAAGCCAUGUGGAUAAAAUGAUAAUGAAACUGGGCAAGACCAAUUCUAAAGCAGCUUCUGAAAUGAGACAGAAGAUAUGGAGUAAUAUGCAGAAGGACCAUCCAGAUCGUGAAUUAAUCGACCCAUUUCUAAUACCUCUGGUCAUAAUUGGAAGUAAAUACGAUAUUUUUCAGGAUUUUGACUCUGAGAAGAGGAAGGUUAUAUGCAAGACCCUUCGAUUUGUUGCACAUUAUUAUGGAGCAUCGUUAAUGUUUACCAGUAAAUCAGAAGCUCUAUUACUAAAAAUACGUGGAGUUAUCAACCAGUUAGCAUUUGGCAUUGACAAAAGCAAAUCAAUAUGUGUGGAUCAGAAUAAACCACUGUUUAUCACAGCAGGAUUGGAUUCUUUAAGUCAAAUAGGAUCUCCUCCUGUUCCUGAUAAUGAUAUUGGAAAGCUUCAUGCCCAUUCACCAAUGGAGCUGUGGAAGAAAGUGUAUGAAAGGGUCUUUCCACCAAAGAGUAUCAACACACUAAAAGAUAUCAAGGACCCUGCAAGAGACCCUCAGUAUGCUGAAAGUGAAGUUGAUGAAAUGAGAAUUCAGAAGGAUCAGUGGUCUGGAACCGAACCUGUAGUAUCUCUGAUGUAUGCCUGUAUAACCCAGUUGAAUGGAUCCAAUCUCCACUCUGACGAAAGGUCCAAAUGUCCUGGAGCCUGGAUCCCCUCACAACAUCAAAACUGACCUGGCUGAGGUCAUCAAGGUUGCUUCCUUGUUGCCACAUCUGGUGGGCACCUUCCUGUGUGCUGACCUCUCAAAAGCAUUUAUACCAUUGCUUGCCUUUCUCUGUAAAACUCUGUCCUCUGGCUUUGAUGCUACUUCAUCCUCUUGGUUUUAUCCCUCUGGUCUGGCUGCUUCUUCCCAGCAUCCUCUGGGUGACACUCAGGGUUCUUUCUUAGGCCUUCUGGUCUUCUCAUGUGACACAUUCUCACUGAGCAACAGAGCCCCAACUUGCCAGCCAGCAUGCAAGGGAGACACCUUGGAGGUAGAUUCUCCAGCCCUGCUCAAGCCUUCAGAUGACUAUAGCCCAGCAGACUUCUCACUACUACCUCAAGAGAUACCCCAGAUAGAACUAUCCAACAAUGUCACUUCCAAAUUUCUGACUCAUAGAAAUCCUGAGAGGUAAUAAUGAUUUUUAUUGUUUUAAGCCACUUAUUUCUGGGAUACUUUUGACAUAGACAUGGAUGGCUUGGGGUGCCUAGGUGGGUCAGUCAGUCAAGUAUCCACUCUUGAUUUUUGGCUCAGGUCGUGACCUCAGGGUUGUGAAAUCAAGCUGUGUGUUGGGCUUGUGCUCCACACACAAUCUUCUUGUCUCUCUCCCUCUGAUCCUCUCCCCACUGUGCACACU